AUGGAGAAGUUGCAUAUUGACGACAAUGCUAUCAUAGAGCUUGUUUCUGCAUCUCACAAUCCAGAUGGUACAGAUUUUGACAUCAAUGUUGCUCUCAGUGUAGCAGAGACUAUUCUCGAUUUUGAAACGAUAGCGUCCGAGUGGUUAAGCAAUAUAGAUGGACACCUUAUCACAAUAUGUUUAUUGAGCAAACUGUCAUCGUAUCCAUGGGAGGCAAAGUUGGUGCUUAUGCUUAUAGCUUUCUCCAUUAGCUAUGGUAAACUCAACAUUAUUUCUCGAUUAGGCUAUAAGAAAGGGUUGACAAAGCAGUUGACAUUCGUCACACAAGCCACCAAUCCAACAGCAACCUCUUAUAAGCAAAAUCCAUUUAAUGAUUCGAUCAAGCAUGCCUUAGACCUCACUAGAUGCAUUGUUGAGCUCAAACAAUCAGCAUCUUACUCUUUGCCACAACCAGUCAUUUCAGCCAUGCCAAUUGCUAGCUAUUGGAUUGGUAGGAGUGUUGUUACUAAUGCUACUUAUUGUCCUGGUCUUCUUACCGCGGGUGUCAAGUUUCAAAAUGAACAAGAUGUUAUUACUACCAAAAUCAAAGGCAUACUCGCCACAUGUUGCCCUGCACUAGAAGAGAAAAGGGAAGAGGAAUCAUAUAAAGCAUUACAACAUGCUUUGCUUAACAACUCUUCUACUAAUGUGGAAGUUUUAAAGUUAAUAUUGAACGUUAAUGAUGAUAAUAAGGAUGUAUAUAUUAGGAGGGGCGAGCGGCGGGAGAAAACAAAGUUAAAAUUUUUCAAGCUCAGAAGAAUGCUGCUCAUACUAAUAACAUCAGGUCAUGACAUCUCUGAAGAAAGAAUUUGGGUUCUUAAUUCCUUUUACUCGGCAGCAAGUUUAGAAAUGCUUUGGAUUCCAAUUGUGGAUGAUCAUGAGGCAUGGACAAAUGAACAGUUUGAAAAUUUGGUAGUUAAGAUGCGAUUUUUGUCAAUGGAUGAUCCAAGGAAACAGAUUGCACAAAGAUUCAUUAGAUUCGUCGACCAAAAUUUCUCUUCUACCUUUCACAUUGGAAAGGAGCCCGUCAUCAUUUCACUGGACAAACAAGGAAAGAUCAUUCAUUCAAAUGCAAUGCACAUGAUGCUAAUAUGGGAUCCUCGUAAUAUUGAAGGUCAAUCAAUGAGAAUCCAGCAACGAGACAAUAUAAUCCCAUUUAUCGAAAAAGAGAUGAAAGAAAGGACUCAAGCAUUACUUACGUAUUGUGCUUUCAUUCUUAUUCAGAAAUCUACUUCAAGUAUGUACACAAGUGAAAGAGAAAUUACUCUAUGGCAAAAAGAAAAAGCUUGGAGUCUUGGCCUUUUGCUGGGGAAUAUUGAUGAUAUCAUAAAGUCUUGGAUUAUUCAGGAAAAUCAUAUUUUCUUAUAUGGAGGGAAUGACGCUAAAUGGGUUCUAGAGUUCACUUCUAAAGUAAUGGAAAGCGCAACAAUAAAAGGAUGUGCAUUGUUAAGUAAAGGGCAAAAAGUGAUUGUUAGUGGAUAUGGAGUUAAAAUGUUGAGAGUCAUGAAUGGGUAUCAGAAUUGGACAAAAAGCAUGGCUCCUGAAAGUUUUGGCCAAGCAUUCAAAGAUUACUACCAGAUGAUUUCUUCUUCUUCAUUCAAUAGCCAUCCUUAUUGUGCUCUUGAACAUCCAACCACUUUGAAAGAAACCAUAGAGAAUGAAAAAUGUCCGAGUGCUCCUAUCAUAUGCAAAAGUACGUCACUUUUACAUGUAAACAUGGUGAUAUUUGAUUACAAGGAUGAUGACAAACUUUUUCAUGGCUAG